CCGGGCAGGCUAUUGGUAUUGCCACACUAUGACCAGGUAUGUGAAUUGCGCCUUUAUUACAAAGGCAUGCAGUCAUAGCCCUACGAUAACACAGACUGCGAUACGAGGCCCGACGUCCUGCAGCACACAACAUCGAUCCCGUGGUUGUCCGGAAUGCAGAGAGCCGCCCCUGACAACUAGUGCUUAAUGGAACACAAUAACCAGACAUUGGAAAAAUAAACAAUGGCCACAUCGAGGGAUCUCGAUACCCAUAUCCAGUUGGAAGAAGAUGAAGAAUAUGACUUUGAGCUGGCACAACGCCGCAUGGAGGCUGAAAGAGCUGCUAGGGAGGAAGAAGCAUUCCAAAGGAACACCCUGAAUCUGGACAUCCCCCCACUUCCAAAUGGAAAAACACACCAUCUUUUCAUUUCCCAUAGUAAUGAUCCUCCGGAAGAAGCGGAGUGGGCAGAGCAACUGGUCAACACCAUGGAGCGAGACUUUGGCUUGAAAUGCCUUUGGCCAAAACGAGACUUUACCCCCGGCCACAAUGUUGGAUCCUUGAUACAGAAUGGAAUCGUGUCUUCUGUGAAGGUUGUCUUCAUUCUGUCUCCUGCUUCCAUGGAAAGCCGAUGGUGCGAAUAUGAACGGAAUUUUGCGUUUGGCAUUUCUGUUGAGAACAGGGAAAAUCAGAUAAUUCCUGUAAUGUUAUGCCAGUGCGACUUUCCAGGCAUUCUGAAGACCCUGAAUUAUAUUGAUGUACCUGCCGGAGAGGACUAUGCAUUCAAAAUUCGGCGAUGCUUUGACGAAGACACACGAAUGGACCAGGGAGAUUUUGAAUAUCUUGUUCCUGAAAUGAUGAAAUACUGGAAAAACGAAAAAGGGGGCCUGCGUAUUCUUUUCGAGAUCUCGACCAGCACCAACGUUACGAGCUUCGCCAACUUGGAAGCAAGAAGAUUUUCAGGUAUGGAGAAUAAGCCAACAGGUGAGGAGGACUUUGAAAUCUUACAAGAACGUAUUUUGGCAGAGAGGGCAGCAAGGAGAAAAGAAGACUUAGAGAGGAACACCCUUCAUUUUGACAUACCUCCACUUCCUGAGGACAAAGACUACCAUUUAUUUAUAUCCUAUUGUACUGAUCAGCCAGAUGAAGUGGAGUGGGUUGAGCAACUGGUCACUGCAAUGGAAAAGCAUUGUGGGCUGACAUGCUGUUGGCCAAAACGAGAUUUCAUUCCUGGUCAUGCGAUUGGAGCUGAAAUACAAAGAGGAAUUUUGCAGUCCCUGAAGGUCGUGUUCAUUCUCUCUCCUGCCGCCAUCGAGAGUCAGUGGUGCGAAUAUGAACGCAACUUUGCUUUUGGAGUUUCAGUUGAAAACAAAGAAAACCAGAUAAUUCCAGUCAUGUUGAGUGAAUGUGAUGUUCCAGGAAUUCUAAAGACGCUGAAUUACAUUGAUGUUCCUGCCGGUGAAGACUUUGUCUUCAGAAUCCGACGCUGUUUUGAUGAAGAUACUCGCGUAAUGAAGUAUCUAGUUCCUGAAAUCGAAGCUAAAGGGAACAGAACAGGACCGUUGAACGGACUGAUUGUCAGAAUCAGUGGUGAAAAAAAUAUGAAGUCUGUAUGCAGAGGGCCUGCGUGGUCAUUUAGAGACCUUGACCGACAUCAAAGGUUGAAGCUUCGCCAACUUGGGAGCAAGUUUGCGGAAAGAGCAUAUUAUGAAGCGAAGAAUGUCAUCAACAAAUCAGCGAGUAUGAAGUACUUCUCACUCAGAAGUCGGUCCCAUUUUUGGAGUCUGUGCGGCAUUGGUUUAGUGCUGUGGUUUUUAUUCAUAACAUUCAUUGUCGCAAUAGUUCACACGGAAGUGACUCCUUUAUUUGAUGCCACGUUCAUGUGGUUUGGGCUUGUACCAGGACUGACGAUAACACACAUGAUAAGCUGGGUCGUUCUGUACCGCUGGAAAGUCAGGAAAGUAGAGAAAUGGGUUCGAAGAUAUAGCCUUGAGCAUAUUUUGGAAACGAACAUCUUUGUGAACUUUCAAUUGACCAACUCGCCAAGUAUACUAAUAAUGUACUACAACAUCAAGCCUUGUCUGGAUUACAUCUGUGGUAUUGUGUACAGAUCACUCGAAGAAGAAACUGACAAUCGCGUGGACAAAGAGGAAAUGGCUCGAAUCACCGGAAGGCGCAUGAUGUUUUCUUUCAUUGAAAACAAUUUUGACCACAUUUAUGGAUCCAAUACUGGGACAACUAUUGUAAACAGACACCCUACCUGUUUCAGAAAUAGAUGCAUUUGCGAAACAUUGGAAAAGAGUAUGUUGCGGAACAGGGAAAAAUAAGAUUGUGAAAUGGAUUGUUUUGACUUCUAUCUGUGUCAUAUUGUUUUUUUCUAAUUUCUUUACAUUGUUCUUUGACAUAAUUUCAAUUCUGUAUAUACAGAGAGUAUUAGCUGAAUGUGUUCCUGUAUCGUAAAUGUUAUACAUUAGAAAAAAGAAAUUAUAUCAUGCGAGCCUUUGGCGAUCAUAAUACCUAUUUUGUAUUCCAUAUGUACAUGUAUUACUGUACGGAAACACAUGGGCAUGAAGUUUUCUCAUAUAAUGUCCUUCUUGAAAUAUUGAUGUUUUAGAUGUGAUUUUACUCAAUGAAGUAGAUUUAGAAACCGCGUAUCCAAACAACUUUUGAGUAAACAGUCAAGUAUUAUAUAUAGUGCCAAAUAACUUGCAGCCGUGUUUCGACUACACAUUGGGAAACUUCAAUCUAAGCAUAUUGGGAACGUCAGUCAAAAGUUAUUUGAGAAAGAAAGCAUCGCAUUGAUGUAUGGAACUUGAAAGUAGUUCCCGCUAGGCGAUCUCAUUUGCAUAUUUAUCUCAUCAGGAGACCAGAUUUAUCGGAGCGAUAACACAAGCCAUUGUAUGUACAACAUGUUAUAAGUAUGUUUUCUAACUCACUCUUACAUUUACAGGAUGCCCGAUGCAAGUCGGAGUCAUUAAUCAAUUUUCUGAAACACGAGCUCAUAUCUGCUGCUGACAAACCAGCUGGUGAAUCUGGUAUUCGAACACAUUGUCAGCGUAUCAAGUUUGUCCUGGCACAGGGAAUUAUUGCGUCUUCGACCAUUCGACCCAAAAGGGCACACACAUUGAGAAAACAAGAUAAGUAAAAUAUUUGCAAGUCUUCUUAAAUUCGGGCAAACAGAAUACAAGAUGUGUUGAUGUGUUACUUGAUGGUUUAUUUGUACAGUUUUAGAACGGAUUGUACAAUAAAAAAAUUUUGUCAAAAAAGGACAAAAAACACAUUAAACACAAGCAUUGCUUUGCGAUCAAUUAUUAUGAUUUGCAUAAUAUGUUACCUGUACAUGCGUAACAUAUGUAGAUUUAUUUGAUAUAAGAACAUCCGCUGAUGGAGCUAUUAUUUGGAAUAAAUCAUGGUCGUGUUGAAUUUGUAAUACUGUCGAUCAACUGUCUCAAGUUUCAAGUGGAGAGGCCCUGUCGGGAUUCAUGCUAUAUUUACCGGGAAGGGUUUUAUGAUAUCUAGAUUUUCGGUAUGCAUAAUCACAGAGCUUAGCAAAUGGUGGUCGCGAGGCGUCAUCAUCAACAUUGGACACUGACGUAAACUUUUCGUCGAGAGAUUCAGCUGUACCCAAUCCUGAAAAUGCAUCACUGUUAUUGGUUGUUAUCAGUGACCAAAUGUGGUACAAAGGUACUGAUUAGACACUUUAGUAACGAGACUUAUUAUUUUCCAAUAUAUAGAACUGUUUUCGUUUAAGCCGUUGACAGGCAUUCAGAAAGGGACACGUUAUGACAUAAAUGUUUUAUGGCUAACAACUUCUUUGUUGUAUUUUAACGACGUUUCACGACUAUUUCUUGCCUCUUGACAGUACAAAGGAGCCUAUGCGGUCAUUUCGGCGACCCGAUUCUGUAGGUAAUGUAACUCAGAAUUGUUAGUAUAGGCAUCCCCCUUGUGUUAGAAUAGGCCCCUGCUUUUCAGAAAAACUAGCGAGUGCUACAAUGUCUGAACUCGCUUAUUUACAGGCCGUUGUCAAAUAACUGGAAUAUUGCGACAUUUAUGAGAAAAAACACACAGGCCUAUACCAUCAAUGACUGGAUUGUCUGGUCCCGACGCGAUGGUUAAGACGCUGACAUAUAGCCUGAAUAUUGCCGUGUGUGGCUUCAAACAAGCAAAUAUAUACCACAUAACCUGUUUAGUAUGGUGGCCAAGAGGAGACAUCGCUUUCUCGCUCUGUUAGCAAUAUCCCCUCUUGAUCACUAUAGUGGUCGUAUGUGUCAUCUGCUUCAAUUGGGAGGGAAUGUUGAACUUUUCUCACUAUUUGUUUUACAUAAUUUAACUGUGCAGACGUAGGUGAUUUUAAAACAAUUCACAGAUUUCUUGGUAAAAUAUAAUUGAUUGAUUUAAGGCCCUAUUUAGUUUUAUAUGACCAUCACCCCGAAAGAGCGUGGCGGAUCAUGGCAAUACUCUCUAAAUAUAUCAGGUUAAGAUCUAAAUAUAGACUUUUAAAAGAAAUUAAGAAGACUAUGGUUAACCAGUCAUGGCUGAUUGUAUUGCAAAAUACAAUCUUAUAAUUGUAGGUUAUCUUUAAUUUGUUUUGAGUAGUGUAUGAUGUUACAGUGUGUCAUACAUAUAUGUACAUGCAUAUAGUGAUUUGAGAAACCAUAUUGAGAAUGGUUUUACGUUAACAAUAAUGUACAUGUGCUUCUUUAGCAAUAUAAUUGUCAUCCCUAAAUCAGACGAGCAAAUGUUAGGCUUCAACUCCAAAUCAGUUUACCGACAAAAUAAUUCUUGCAAAUAGUACAAACAGUGGCUGAUAAUACUGGCAGUUAUUUGUCAAUGUAUGAUCUGUAUGUACAUCAUUAUUUGUUCCAGUUCAAUGUAUCCUUUAAAGUUUCAGUUUUAAGAUUUAAGGAAGAAUGGGGUAUUAUUAGGAAUAAAAUAAAAUAUGAAUAGCGAC